CCUUUAACUGCACCCCCAUGCCAGUUGUUCAAAUUCUGCAACUGUUAAAUCGAAAGUUAAACUUUCUCACAGAGUCAGUAGAUUGUCAGGGGGAGGAAGGUGGCAGCUGGCUGUGAACUGAUGUCCUGAAUGUGUUUUUGAAGUGUUAGUUUAGUGAGAAGCAGAUUAAACAGGAUUUUGUGGUAGUUGUAGUUUUUACAGGAUGAUGAAGAUGUUUGUGGUGUUUGUGAUCCUCGUGCACGUUUCCCAGCAUGCCUCAGCUGUGGAGCUGUAUGAGGGGGAGGAGUUUGUCCUGCUGCCCUGUGAGUAUGUCACCGUCUACAUGGAAGACCCCACAGUGGUGUGGAGCCGCUACGAUCUCGAUCCGCCAACUGUCCACCAGCGUCAGCAGGAAGGUGAUGAACUUACAUAUCAAAACCAGCUUUACAGCGGCCGAACAUCCAUGAUGCCUGACGCUCUGGAAACCGGAGACCUCAGCCUCAAACUGACAAAACUCCGCCUCUCUGACAGCGGCACCUACACCUGCACCGUCAGAACGCAAGGAGGACAACGGAGAGUGGGAAACAUAAAGCUGAAGGUCAAAGUUUCCCAGCAUGCCUCAGCUGUGGAGCCGUAUGAGGGGGAGGAGUUUGUCCUGCUGCCCUGUGAGUUUCAGACUUUUGAGAUGGACGACCCCACAGUGGUGUGGAGCCGCGGCGAUCUCAAUCCUCCAACCGUCCACCAGCGUCAGCAGGAAGGUGAUGAACUUAGAAACCAAAACCAGCUUUACAGCGGCCGAACAUCCAUGAUGCCUGACGCUCUGGAAACCGGAGACCUCAGCCUCAAACUGACAAAACUCCGCCUCUCUGACAGCAGCACCUACACCUGCACCGCCACAGCGUUAGGAGGACAACGGAGAGUGAGAAACAUAAAGCUGAAGGUCAAAGUUUCCCAGCAUGCCUCAGCUGUGGAGCCAUAUGAGGGGGAGGAGUUUGUCCUGCCCUGUGAGUUUCAGCCUUUUGAGAUGAAGGACCCCACAGUGGUGUGGAGCCGCGGCGAUCUCAAUCCUCCAACCGUCCACCAGCGUCAGCUGGAAGGUGAUGAACUUAGAAACCAAAACCAGCUUUACAGCGGCCGAACAUCCAUGAUGCCUGACGCUCUGAAAACCGGAGACCUCAGCCUCAAACUGACAAAACUCUGCAUCUCUGACAGCGGCACCUACACCUGCACCGCCACAGCGUUAGGAGGACAACGGAGAGUGAGAAACAUACAGCUGAAGGUCAAAGUUUCCCAGCAUGCCUCAGCUGUGGAGCUGUAUGAGGGGGAGGAGUUUGUCCUGCUGCCCUGUGAGUAUGUCACCGUCUACAUGGAAGACCCCACAGUGGUGUGGAACCGCUACGAUCUCUAUCCUCCAACCGUCCACCAGCGUCAGCUGGAAGGUGAUGAACUUAGAAACCAAAACCAGCAUUACAGCGGCCGAACAUCCAUGAUGCCUGACGCUCUGGAAACCGGAGACCUCAGCCUCAAUCUGACAAAACUCCGCCUCUCUGACAGCGGCACCUACACCUGCACCGUCAGAACGCUAGGAGGACUACGGAGAGUGGGAAACAUAGAGCUGAAGGUCAAAGUUUCCCAGCAUGCCUCAGCUGUGGAGCUGUAUGAGGGGGAGGAGUUUGUCCUGCCCUGUGAGUUUCAGCCUUUUGAGAUGAAGGACCCCACAGUGGUGUGGAGCCGCGGCGAUCUCAAUCCUCCAACCGUCCACCAGCGUCAGCUGGAAGGUGAUGAACUUAGAAACCAAAACCAGCUUUACAGCGGCCGAACAUCCAUGAUGCCUGACGCUCUGGAAACCGGAGACCUCAGCCUCAAACUGACAAAACUCUGCCUCUCUGACAGCGGCACCUACACCUGCACAGCCACAGCGUUAGGAGGACAACGGAGAGUGAGAAACAUACAGCUGAAGGUCAAAGCACGAUUUCCAUCCUGGGCCACAGCUCUCCUGGUUCUCCUGGCUGUUGGUCUUGUUGUUGUUGCUGGGGGUCUUUUGGUACAUUAUCGGCUCUAUUUCAUGUCAGACUCGUUCUUUGGUAACUUCUACCAGGUGGAGGACAAAGGUCAGCUCUGUAGCUACAGGUCAGAGGUCAGAGUCGACAAGGUGGAGGUGGAUUCAGGGGUGGAGUCUGUCCUGCUGCGAUGUAAAACCACAGCUGACCUGCCUGAGGACGUCACAGUGGAGUGGAGGGACAGGGACAACUGGAAGGUCCACGUGUAUCAGAACGGCUCUGACCGGCCUGAAGAACAGGAGAGAGAUUACAGAGGCCGAACAGAGAUGAAGGGAGACCUGCUGAGAACUGGAGACCUCAGUCUGACCCUGAAAUACCCCACAGGCAGAGACGGAGACACCUACACCUGCACCGUCUACAGCAGGGAGGGAAGGAUCCUGAUGAAGAAACAAGUGGAGCUCCGGGUCAAAGCCUGUCAGGUGGAGGUGGAUUCAGGGGUGGAGUCUGUCCUGCUGCCCUGCAAAACCACAGCUGACCUGCCUGAGGACGUCACAGUGGAGUGGAGGGACAGGGACAACUGGAAGGUCCACGUGUAUCAGAACAGCUCUGACCAACCUGAAGAACAGGAGAGAGAUUACAGAGGCCGAACAGAGAUGAAGGGAGACCUGCUGAGAACUGGAGACCUCAGUCUGACCCUGAAAUACCCCACAGACAGAGACAGAGGAAAAUACAUCUGCAGAGUCUACAGCAGGGAGGGAAACAUCCUGAGAGAGAAACAAGUGAAGCUUCGGGUCAAAGACUGUCAGGUGGAGGUGGAGGACGGGGUGGAGUCUGUCCAGCUGCCCUUCAAGACCACAGCUGACCUGCCUGAGGUCACUGUAUUGGAGUGGAUACGCCAUGAACCCAAACCCACAAAGAUGGUCCACAUGUAUCAGAACAGCUCUAGAUAUCAGGACCAGGUUUACAGAGGCCGCACAGAGAUGAAGGGAGACCUGCUGAGAACUGGAGACCUCAGUCUGACCCUGAAAUCCCCCACAGACAGAGACAGAGGAAAAUACAUCUGCAGAGUCUACAGCAGGAAGGGAAACAUCCUGAGAGAGAAACAAGUGGAACUCCAGGUCAAGGGUCAGCUCUGUAGCUACAGGUCAGAGGUCAGAGCCUGUCAGGUGGUGGUGGAUUCAGGGGUGGAGUCUGUCCUGCUGCCCUGCAAAACCAGAGCUGACCUGCCUGAGGACGUCACAGUGGAGUGGAGGGACAGAAACAACUGGAAGGUCCACGAGUAUCAGAACGGCUCUGACCGGCCUGAAGAACAGGAGAGAGAUUACAGAGGCCGAACAGAGAUGAAGGAAGACCUGCUGAGAACUGGAGACCUCAGUCUGACCCUGAAAUACCUCACAGGCAGAGACAGUAAAACCUACACCUGCACCGUCUACAGCAGGGAGGGAAACAUCCUGAUGGAGAAACAAGUGGAGCUCCGGGUCAAGGAUCAGCGCUCUACAUACUGGUCAGACUUCAGAGACUGUCAGGUGGAGGUGAAGGACGGGGUGGAGUCUGUCCUGCUGCCCUUCAAGACCACAGCUGACCUGCCUGAGGACACUGUAGUGGAGUGGAGACGCCAUAAACCCAUACCCACAAAGAUGGUCCACGUGUAUCAGAACGGCUCUGACCAGCCUAGAUAUCAGGACCGGGUUUACAGAGGCCGCACAGAGAUGAAGGGAGACCUGCUGAGAACUGGAGACCUCAGUCUGACCCUGAAGUCCCCCACAGACAGAGACAGAGGAAUAUACAUCUGCAGAGUCUACAGCAGGGAGGGAAACAUCCUGAGAGGGAAAAGAGUGGAGCUCUAGUCAAAGAGAGGAUCAGGAACAGAAGACGCUCCACUGAUGCAACGCCUCUGAUGGCCGAUCAAUCUGAUGGCAGUUUGAUCGGUCUGUCGGUGGAUCUUUGAUUAUUGAGCCGAUCUGACUUUGGAUCAGAGAGAAAAUGGAGGUGAAGCAGCUGAUGGAGGAUGAAUGAAGACAGGAGGACGCUUUGUCAGCUUCAUCUUCACUCUGACUCCUCCUACUGACUCUCACACACAGUCUACACACUCACUAUCGAUUACUGUUGAUCAGUGAUGUCAGAGUGAGGUCAGUGUGAUGUCACAUGUUGAUCAGCUGUGUGAUUUGGACUAAAACAUGUUGUCGUCUUUUGGGAGACUUUUAGUGUCCAUGAAGGUCGCUUGUGGUUUAGAUCCUCUGAACUCUGACAGAGGUCUCACUCUGGCGGAAACUCUGUGUUUUAUUCUCACACUCAACAGUUUGUAUCAGCUGCUUCAACACAUUUUCUAAGGCGCUCUCACAGUUCUCCAAACAUUUAGUCCAAUUCCCUUUUAUUUGUCCUGCAAAAGGCCGUCACUCAGUCUGAACAUGGAACUCACUUG